AAAAGUCAAAUCUUGAUUUUACUUGGACAAGUUAAUGUCGCUAUCUGCUAGAAAUCUGAGAAAGCUGUAAGCAUUAUCUAUCAACCUCGAUCGUCGUUCCAAAUCCAUGACCAAUUUUUUGUUCUGCUAAAAAAAAGCAACUAAAAAAAGUUCGUCUUGUUCGAAAUUGGGGAUUUUUUUUCCCUCAAAAGAUUCAAUGGCAGGCUCUGGAAAUUCUGGAAUUGAUCCUGAAUUAGUCAUUUCCCACAAAUUUCCUGAGAGCUUACAUACUUACACUGAAAGGGAUGCUGCUAUUUAUGCUCUUGGUGUAGGAGCAUGUACAAAGGAUGCUAUUGAUGAUAAAGAACUUAAAUAUGUUUAUCAUCAAGAUGGGCAGGAAUUUAUUCAGGUCUUGCCAACUUUUUCGACUUUGUUCACUGUUGGAAUUCCUUCUCAAAUGGAGCAGCUUCCAGGCUUGCUAUUUGAUCCACGUCUUCUACUGCACGGCCAACAAUACAUUGAAGUCUAUAAGCCACUUCCUUCCCAUGGCUGCAUACUAAAUAAAACGAGUAUUGCUGGAUUGCAUGAUAAAGGUAAAGCAGCCGUUCUUGAAGUAGAAAUUGUGAGUUACGAGAAAGAAUCUGGUGAACGGCUAUGCAUGAACCGCUUGUCUAUCUACUUGAGGGGUGCUGGUGGGUUCUCAAAGUCAUCUCAGCCUUACUCGUACUCCAGCAAUCGUAGUAAUCAGUCUGCCUUUCCUAAAAUUCCCAAAAGCCAACCCUUUGCUGUAUAUGAAGAAUGUACGCAUGCAUCACAGGCUUUGCUGUAUAGGCUAUCUGGUGAUUACAAUCCAUUGCAUUCAGAUCCAAAGUUUGCAGAAAGUGCAGGAUUUUCUCGUCCAAUACUGCAUGGGUUGUGCACACUUGGAUUUGCAGUUAGGACUAUCAUUAAAUGUAUUUGCGGUGGUGAUCAGAACACGAUAAAGAGUGUAUCUGGCAGAUUUCUACUACAUGUCUAUCCAGGAGAAACUUUAAUCACCGAAAUGUGGUUGGAAGGAUUGAGAGUUAUCUAUCAAGUGAAGGUUAAGGAACGUAACCGGGCAGUGCUUUUUGGAUUUGUGGAUCUUGAUCGUUUAAGUUCAUCUCUGUGAGUGAUUGUGGCGCGCUCAUGAAGGAAAUAAUGCGUUGUAUAAUAAUUUUAAUUCGUAUUUUAAGCUAUUUAUAGACUCUGGAUCAUAUUAAGUUUCAUUUCUGAGUUCUCAUGGUACAUUCCUAUGGAGAAAGCUUCAUUAUGCAGUAAUCUAAACUACCAUU